AUGAUUGUGAUGAUGGGAGCCUUGUAACUUUCAUCAUUCAAGAUUCAAAGCACAAGCACAUUCUUUUGCCACAGCCCCAAGCCAAAAGCUCUUCUUAAACUACUAUAGCAAACCCUCAAAUCCCAAACUACCCAUCAACACCCACCCAAAGACAAAGCCUUUACGCCUCCAAAACUCUCUCUCUAAAUCUUCCACAACCUCUCAAAUACAAAACUACCCAUCAAUACAAAGCCAAAUGAAUAUAUAAUCAAACUUCCAAACACUCCAUUCAUACUUCUGUCUCUCUCUCUCAUCAACUUGAAACCUCCCACAAUUCUUCAACUGCAUAUGGUUUGAGUAACAAGCAGCAAUGUUGGACACCAUGAUCCCAGCAUGUUUCAGCCAGCCCAACACACUCUCAAGCAGCUCUCAAGUGCCCCAAAACCUUAUAACCUGCAUAUAUCAAACUCAGCUUUGCAACUCACCCACAUAUCUCACUCUCACUUGGUCCAAAAGCCCCUUCUCUCACUCUCUAACCAUUCAUGCCUCAGACUCUUUUUCCAUCACCAUCUCCCUCAACCCAUCAACUUUCUCAUUCUUCAGAACCAAACCAGGCUCCAAAUCCAUCUCUCUAACCCACAACCAUUGCCAAAGAAUCAAGCUUUACUGGGACUUCACCCGGGCUGACUUCAUUCACAACUCGGCUGAGCCAGAGUCUUGCUUCUACAUCGCCAUUUCUUGCAAUGCCAAACUUGAAUUCUUUCUUGGGGAUCUUUUGGACGAGUUCAGUCGGCGGUCAGGGGUAGUUGUGACUCACAAACUCAGCCAACCUGCCCUGUUGUCAAGGCGGGAACAUGUGUUUGGGCGCAGGAAUUACAUAUCCAGAGCUCAGUUCUUGGGGUCCAAACAUGAAAUUGGAAUAGAGUGUAGCGAGGGUACGCUUAAAGUAAAAGUAGAUGGAGUGAUAAGCCUGAUUGUCAAAAGGUUGGCUUGGAAAUUCAGAGGCAAUGAGAGAAUUUUUGUUGGUGGAGUUGAAUUUGAAUUUUACUGGGACGUGUUCAACUGGGUUAAUAAUCAUAACGGUGCUAAUGGGAAUGGUCAUGGUGUAUUUGUUUUUCAAGUGGGUGAUGGUGGGGUGUGGCCAGAAAUGGUAGGUCCUGAGAAGAGGUUGAUGAGGAAGAGCUUGUCGACAUCGGCUGCUUCGGCAUCAAUGCCGUCGAUGACUUCGUUGUCCCCGUCGCCGUCAUGCUCAAGUGUGUUGCAAUGGGCAGAGGAGAGUAGUGAUGGGGGGAGAAGUUCAUGUUCUUCAUCUACUAGAUCAUAUGGUAGUAAUGGGGGGUUUUCUCUGUUGCUGUAUGCUUGGAAGAGGGACUGACAAAGCAAUGUGAAUUAUGAACUGACCUUUUAUCUAUUAAUUCCAGUCUGAGGAAACGUUUGAGAUUGGAAAUAAUUCCUUAGUGUUGUAAAUUAAAUUUCUUGUGAUUUUCCUUGUGUAUUAAUUAAUAUAUAUAUAUGCAAGAAGUGCUUGAUAUAACUUCUGCUA